AUGAAUCGGGAGCUGCAUCGGUGUAUAUGCCCGCACCCACAGGAUCGUCAUUCACUGUGGACACCUUCACCUGAGAGGGACGCCAAGGAUCCUGAGCUGGCAGCAUUCCUGCGCAAGGUCGCGAUUAAAAACGAGGUGCUCAUGGCUGUGAGCAACAUCAACUACGCAAGGAAGGGUGGCAUGCUGGACAUGUGGAUCCAGAAUGUGCUGCGCGCCGGGGUCAAGAAUGCGAUGGUGCUGGCGCUGGACGACGAGACCAAGAAGAAUGCGGAGGAGAUGGGCAUGGCCGCCUUCCGCAUGCAGCUGGAGAUUCCCAAGGCACAACAAGGCAACGGCGACAACCAUGCGGUUUCAGCGAUGAAGUUCCGCAUACUGAGCCACUUCCUGGAGCUGGGCUACUCUGUUUUCCUCUCGGAUGUGGACAUCAUCACCCUCCAAAACCCCUUUGGCUUCCUGGCACGUGACUCGGACGUGGAGUCCAUGAGCGAUGGCUGGGACGCCGCCACCGCCUAUGGCUACAACGAUGUCCUGGACGACGAGGAGAUGGGUUGGGCUCGGUAUGCCCACUCCAUGCGCGUCUUUGUCUUCAACAGCGGCCUGUUCUACAUCCGGGCCACCCAGGCCUCCAUGGACCUGCUCAACAAGGUCAUCCACCGCGUUGAGACGGAAAACGGCUGGGACCAGGCCCUGUUCAACGAGUGCAUCUUCUUUCCCUCCCACCCGGGCUACAAGGACCCCUCUGUGACACGAAGAGUUCUUGACUUCGAGCUCUUCAUGAACUCCAAGACGCUGUUCAAAUUCCUACGGUACAGCGGCCAGAAGUAUAUCGACCACCGCCCCGUCAUGAUCCACGUCAACUACCACAGCAAUAAGUUCGAGCGCAUGGGUGCCGUCGUGAAGCGAUACGUGGAUGGCGAUCUCAAGGCCCUGGAUGACUUCCCCGUGAGGUCGUGA